AUGGCCAGUAAUGGGGGGACUCUACACGGGGUUCCCCAGAGUGUCGUGCAGCAGCAGCAGCAGCAACAGCAGCAGCACCAUCAUCAGCAGCAUAUCUGCACGCAGUGUGGCUUAUACUUUGAGAGUGCAUCGUCGCUGCAGGUGCAUCAUAUGCACUACCAUCAGCAUGACAGCAUGAACCGCUGGGGCACACAGCAGGCGGUGGUCAGUACAACAAUAGCAACGACAGCAGUUGCAACGACGACGACGGCAGCGACCAUCACCACCAACGGCGAGCUGCCCGGUGGCGGCCCCUCGAUACCGUCGUCCACGACGCCGACUUCGUCCGACACGGAAAACAACAACAACCAGCCUGGUUCGCACACACCGACGCAUACGCCUGGCAUUAAACCGGUGAUAUCGCCUCACCAACAGCAGCAGCAACAGCAGCAACAUCAUACGACAAUCGCAGCCGCGGCCGAUUCGAGCGAUAAUCAGCCGCCAACUCCACAGCCGAAUCUGGCUGAACCGGGAACUCCCCAGAGCUACAGUGCGGGAGGAACCUCGCCAUAUCAUUCUCAACAACAACAACAGCAGCAACAGCAGCAGCAGCAACAACAGCAGCAGCAGCAACAACAGCUAGGACUGCCCCCAGGGGGGCCAGGAAGUGAGAUGCACUACCCAAGCUAUAUCCAUCCCGGGUACGAUCCGGGAAGUUACUACGCGGGAGGCCCCGGAUCAGGGCUGGACUACGGCAGCAGCGUUCUCGGAGCGCCUCUGCAGCCGGCGGACUACAAAUCGACCUCCUCGGUCGUGUCGUCGGCUCGGUACCACCCGUACGGUGGUGGCGGUUCUGGUGGCAGCAGCAAUGGCGGAACGGGCAACCCUGACGGAUCCUCGCCGGCGUUGGUCAGCAGCAACGGGGGCGGAGGAUCGGCCGGACUCAGCCCGCACGUGGUAAGUUCUUCCAACAAUGGCGUUACGACGGUCACAGGCAGUGGUUCGACGACUACGAGUGGGGCUUCCGCGACGACUGUGGCGGCCAGUACCACCUCAGCCGCCUCGCACUCACCGCAGAAUGGCGGCUCGUCGGGUGGAAACAUCCCACCGACUCCGUCUCCCUCGCCGAUCCAGUGUGAGAAGUGCGGUUUGGUGUGUGAAUCCGACGAGGUGCUGCACGAGCACGAGAACACGGUGCAUGGGAGCGGUCAGCCGUCGGUUCAGCCUCCGGCAGGCAUACAGGAACAGCGCGUCGACCAGGUGGAUCUUCAGGCGGGCGGCAAUUGCUACCCAUACGGUGGAAACGGGGGCGCUGGAACUCCGCAGUACCCCAAGGAGGAACCACCAGCGUCGGACAUUCUAGAUCUCGACUCGCAGAAGAUGGUUUAUACGCCGACGGCUGAUGGAGGCGCUAGUCUACUGCCUCCGAUGAACUCGCUCCAUCCGCUCCAGUCGAUGCAGCGACACCAUCCGAUGAUGGCCUGGCCACACCACGAUCCGCACAACUUCAUGGGACCGCCACCUCUGCCGCCGCAUCCACACGGUGGCCCCGAGAUGAAGCACUCAGCCGCCGCAGCAGCAGCCGCCGCAGCCGCCUACUACCACCAUCCGAUCAAGUCGGAGUACUCGGCGACUCCAUCGAUCAAGUCGGAGUACCUCGGCGGUGGUGGUGUCGGUGGCGGGCUUGGCCAGUACGGUAGCACCGGUGGGCCAGCGUUGGGCGUGAAGAACGAGUACAGCCUCGCGCCGACCCUGCCGCCACCAGCCGUCGCUCCUCAGCCCACGAACGCCCAAUCGAUGAAGCAGUACGCGGACGAAAUGCACGACAACCAGCUGGCCACGAGCCCUUCGGACUUCCCGAGUACGACGACACCCCAGGAGAGUGGCUCCCAGUAUCGCACCUUCGAGCCGGCUACCUCCUCGCUGCCCGGACCACCCGGACCCACCAAAGGCACCGCGUGGAAGUCGAACGAGGCCCGCCGUCCGAAGACGUACAACUGCACCGCGUGCAACAAGUGGUUCACGAGCUCCGGCCAUCUGAAGCGCCACUACAACACCACGCUGCACAAGAAUGCGGUCAAGUCGAGCGGCCAGCCGGACCCGGCCACCCUGCCGAUCAGUGUUCACCAUCACCCGGGUCGCGACCCGAACUACGCCAACAAGGGUCGCCGCGGUGGAGCCAACGGUGGCUCGGCUGGCGCCAACUCGCAGCUGCAGCAGCCUAUACAGCAACCGGUACCACCGCCCGAUCCCCCCAGGAGCCCCGAGUACGGGGCGCAGCAGCAGCAGCAGCAGUACGGCAUGGGCGCGUCGGCGGGGUUUCCCGGGGCCGGAGCGUCGGCUCAGGUGGUCAGCUCGAACCAGUCGCCGGGGUUUCAUCACCCGUACGGCGCCGCGAACGGCACCAGCAACAGCUCCAGCAGCAGCAGCUCCAGCAGCAACAGCAGCAGCAACCACAACACAGCCAGCUCAACUUCUUCAGCGGUUCCCCCAAACGGGGUAGCAGGUCCCUCCGUCCAAGUCUCCCCACCGAGGGGCCUGCAGAUCUACUCGAACAACAACAGCAGCAACAGCAGCAGCAGCAGUCACAACAUGGCGCUGGAGCAAACGGAGCAACCCACCCAUCCUACCAUUACCAUCACCCUGCCGCCCAUCAUCACCUCCACGGUGGACACCCAGGGCACCAUCUACACCCCCAGCACCCUCACCAUCCCCACGGACCACCCCACCCGCACGCACCUCACCACGGACACUCAGCCGCCGCAGCAGCAGCCGCCGCCGCCGCAGCCGCAGCCGCCGCCGCACACCAUCAGUUCAAUGGAGCCCUACCACCACCACCACCACCCCACCACAAUGCACACCAUCUCCAAUCCUUUAACUAUCAGCACCAGCAUUCCAUCCUUCCAAACCAUCCUGCCGGAGGCGCCGAGCUAUCACCUUAUUAUUGGUAAUGCGCCACACCAAUACCAGCAGGCCCAGCAUCAACAGCAGCAGCAGCAGCAGCAGCAGCUGCACCAAACGUCGAUGGUGAUGCUGAGCAUGCCCGAUGGGGGAGACAUGCUGUCCAUGGCCACCAGCAACGGACAGCAACAGCAGUGGGCGAUGGACAACGGACUGCUGAUUGAGUCGCCGGUGACGACGACGGCGGGAGGUCGCGGGCUCGGAUCGCUGGGGUUUCCACGGUGCUCGGGGGGCGCCGAGAUAUAUCAGGGCGAUACGGCGCCCCCCUUUUCACCGAACGUACCGGACCAAUACCAGCGUCCUAGUAGCAGCCAGGGUGUCAUCAUGACGAUCCUCGACGAUCACCAUCAGCAGCAGCAGCAGCACCAGAUGACCUCUUCCACCACGCCGAACGAGUAUCACGACUACGGCAAUCCGCAGGGCUAUCCGGGGCAGUUGUUGCACCGAGUGGCCACACCACAGCUGGCCGCCAUCGCACCCUCGAUCUCGCCGGCCCCCUGCUCGCCCAGCGUCACCUCGACGGAGGUGGGCACGGCCCAGCCGCAGCAUCCGAACGGGCCGCUACACGGGCUCAUACCGCGGCCCAAGCCCCGCAUCCGGGUCCCUCCGAAGACGGGCUCCGAGCCGGAGAUCCACCGGUGCGUCGAAUGCGACAAGGUGUUCAACAAGGUGUGCUACCUCACCCAGCACAACAAGACGUUCCACUCGGGCGACAAGCCGUACAAGUGCCACCGGUGCGGCAAGCGCUUCCCGUGCAGCCAGUCGUACGAGGAGCACCUGGCCAAGCACGGCGGUGAGAAGCCGUUCAAGUGCGAGCAGUGCCCGAAGCAGUUCAACCACAAGACCGACCUGCGGCGCCACAUGUGCCUGCACAGCGGCUCCAAGCCGUACGCCUGCGAGCAGUGCGGCAAGGGCUUCAUCCGCAAGGACCACAUGAUGAAGCACGCCGAAACGCACCGGAAGAGCGCGGCGGCCGCAUCCGAGCGGGCCCAUCAGCGAGCGGCUGGCAAGAUGGCGGUCGGGCGGCUGAAAGGCAAACGGCGUGCGAGCAACGCCGACGCCGACGAGGAGGACGACGACGGAGGAGGCGCCAUGGUGGACGAAUGA